AUGCCGGAAGCCACCAACGGCCGGCCACAGGCCAACGGCAAGGUCUCAUAUGCCGAGAAGUACAAUAUUGCGGACCACUUCAUUGGAGGCAACCGCAUGGAGAAUGCGCCUGCGAGCAAGGUCAAGGACUUUGUCGCCCAGAACGGCGGUCACACCGUCAUCACAAACGUGAGUUUUGCUGCCACAGUAUCUGCUUUGGCGAUGGGCUGGGCUGGAGCGCAUUCGACGACCGAUCCCUAUGCCUGGCCUGGUGUUUUGUCGCCGGCAAUGGCAAUGGGCAGUCUGUGAAUCACCCCACCAUCGUGAGGCAGGAAUUGCAAUUGCCAGACACUGACAUUCUGGGACACCCCACCCUGCAGGUUUUGAUUGCCAACAACGGUAUUGCAGCCGUCAAGGAAAUUCGCUCCGUGCGAAAAUGGGCCUACGAAACGUUCGGCGACGAGAGGGCCAUCCAUUUCACUGUCAUGGCCACCCCGGAUGAUUUGGAGGCCAACGCCGACUACAUUCGCAUGGCAGAUCACUACGUGGAGGUUCCCGGAGGCACAAACAACCACAACUACGCCAACGUGGAAUUGAUCGUGGACAUUGCCGAGCGCAUGAAUGUCCACGCCGUGUGGGCUGGAUGGUGAGUUUGUGUGAACCCCUACGAGAUCGGAGAUGAAAUACUCCGUGAUCAGUUGAUUGUGCAUGUAUCCAAGUGGGCAAGGGACGCAGCGCUGACAGGUAGCUGAAAACAGGGGUCACGCAUCCGAAAACCCGAAGCUGCCCGAGUCGCUGGCAGCAUCACCCAAGAAGAUUGUCUUCAUCGGACCUCCGGGAUCGGCCAUGCGAUCGCUCGGUGACAAAAUUUCCUCCACAAUUGUCGCCCAGCAUGCAGAUGUGCCUUGUAUCCCCUGGUCGGGAACUGGUGUUGACGAUGUCGAGGUCGAUAAUAAAGGCAUUGUCACGGUCCCCGAUGAUGUAUAUUCGAAGGGUUGCGUACAAUCGUGGGAGGAGGGUCUUACCAAGGCUAAGGAGAUUGGCUUCCCCGUCAUGAUCAAGGCCUCAGAAGGCGGAGGUGGUAAGGGUAUCCGAAAGGCCUUGGGCGAGGAGGGCUUCGAGGCGCUGUACAAGGCUGCCGCGAGCGAGAUUCCCGGAUCCCCUAUCUUCAUCAUGAAGCUGGCUGGCAAUGCCAGACAUUUGGAGGUGCAGCUUUUGGCUGAUCAGUACGGACACAACAUCUCUCUCUUUGGUAGAGAUUGUUCCGUUCAGAGACGUCACCAGAAGAUUAUCGAAGAAGCACCCGUCACAAUUGCCAAGGCCGACACAUUCAAGGCCAUGGAGGAUGCGGCCGUCCGUCUGGGUAAACUGGUCGGUUACGUUUCCGCCGGUACCGUCGAGUACUUGUACUCGCACGCCGACGACAAGUUCUAUUUCCUCGAGCUCAACCCUCGUCUGCAGGUCGAGCAUCCCACCACUGAAAUGGUGAGCGGUGUCAAUCUGCCCGCAGCUCAGCUUCAGAUUGCCAUGGGUCUUCCUCUGCAUAGAAUCCGUGAUAUCAGACUCCUCUACGGCGUCGACCCCAAGACCUCGAGCGAAAUCGAUUUCGAGUUCAAGAACGAGGGCACCUCACUUACACAGCGCCGCCCCACCCCCAAGGGCCACACAACCGCCUGCCGUAUCACCUCUGAGGAUCCUGGUGAGGGUUUCAAGCCUUCGAACGGUGUGAUGCACGAGCUCAACUUCAGGAGUAGUUCCAACGUGUGGGGUUACUUCUCCGUUGGUACUCAGGGUGGAAUCCACAGUUACUCAGACAGUCAGUUUGGUCACAUCUUCGCCUACGGUGAGAACCGUGCUGCUUCGCGAAAGCACAUGGUUGUCGCUCUCAAGGAACUGAGCAUUCGUGGUGAUUUCAAGACCACCGUCGAAUAUCUCAUCAAGCUUCUUGAGACCGAGGAUUUUGAGGAGAACACCAUCUCUACAGGCUGGCUGGAUGAGCUCAUUUCCAAGCGUCUCACUGCCGAGCGCCCUGAUAGCAUGCUCGCCGUUGUUUGCGGUGCCAUCACCAAGGCCCACAUUGAGAGCGAAGAAUGCAUGGCCCUCUACCGUGCCGGCCUUGAGAAGGGUCAGGUUCCUCCCACACAGAUCCUUAAGACCACUUUCAACAUUGAUUUCAUCUACGACGGGUUCAGGUACAAGUUCACUGCUACGCGCUCUAGUACUGAUGCCUACCACCUGUUCAUCAAUGGAUCCAAGUGCACCGUUGGUGUCCGUGCCCUGAGAGAUGGUGGUCUCCUCAUCCUUCUCGACGGCCACAGUCACAACGUCUACUGGAAGGAGGAAGUCGGUGCCACCCGCCUCUCCGUCGAUUCCAAGACCUGCCUGUUGGAGCAGGAGAACGACCCCACCCAGUUGCGAACUCCUAGCCCUGGCAAGCUCGUCAAGUACUCUGUUGAGAACGGCGCUCACAUCAAGGCUGGCCAGACCUACGCUGAAGUUGAAGUCAUGAAGAUGCACAUGCCUCUAGUCGCUCAGGAGGACGGUAUCGUACAGCUCAUCAAGCAGCCCGGAACUGGUCUUGAGGCUGGUGAUAUUCUGGGUAUACUCGCCCUGGAUGACCCCAGCCGAGUUAAGCAGGCCCAGCCCUUCGUUGGCAAGCUCCCUGAGUACGGCGACCCAGUUGUUGUUGGUACCAAGUCUGCCCAGCGCUUCACCCUUCUUCAUAACAUUCUUGUCAAUAUUCUUCAGGGUUUCGACAACUCUGUUAUCAUGGCAGCCACACUCAAGGAGCUCAUCGAAGUCCUUCGCAACCCUGACCUUCCCUACAGCGAGUGGAAUGCUCAGUUCUCCGCCCUCCACUCCCGCAUGCCCCAGAAGCUUGAUGCCGCUUUCAGCCACAUCAUUGAGAGAGCCAAGGCCCGUCACACCGAGUUUCCUUCCAAGGCUUUGAGCAAGACUUUCGCCAAGUUCCUGGAGGACAGCGUUGCUCCUGCCGAUGUCGACACUCUCAAGACCACUCUUGAGCCUCUUACCAACAUCACCAACCAGUAUGCCGACGGCCAGAAGGCCCGAGAGCUCAGUGUUAUCCAGAACUUUCUUGAGCAGUACUGGGAUGUCGAGAAGUUGUUCAUGGACCAGCGCCAGGACGAGACUGUUAUCCUGAAACUGCGUGACCAGCACAAGGAAGAGCUGGCCAAGGUUGUCCAGACCGUGCUCUCACACAGCCGUGUUAGCGCCAAGAGCUCACUUAUCCUGGCUAUCCUGGAAGAGUACCGCCCCAACAAGCCCAACGUCGGCAACAUCGCCAAGUACUUGCGCGAGACCCUCCGCAAGCUGACCGAGCUCCAGUCAUCUCGACCUACCUCCAAGGUGUCGCUUAAGGCUCGUGAGAUCAUGAUCCAGUGCGCCCUGCCUUCCAUGGAAGAGAGAACCUCCCAGAUGGAGCACAUUCUCCGAUCCUCAGUUGUCGAUUCUACCUAUGGUGAGACUGGAUGGGAGCACCGAGAACCCAACUUGGAUGUGAUCAAGGAGGUUGUUGACUCCAAGUAUACCGUUGUGGACGUCUUGACCCUGUUCUUCGCACACGAGGACCCCUAUGUCGCGAUUGCGGCUCUCGAGGUCUAUGUUCGCCGCGCCUACCGAGCGUACGUUCUGAAGAAGAUUGAGUAUCACUCUGACGAGAUUGAUGCUCCUCAGUAUCUCUCUUGGGACUUCAACCUGCGCAAGAUUGGCCAGUCCGAGUUCGGGCUUCCUCUGCUGUCAACUGGCCCUUCAGGUCCCCCAACCCCUGGUGAUGCCGACCCUCUCCGCCUGGAAGCUAUUGGACGCAUUCGAUCAGUUAGUGACAUGUCUUACAUGACUGCCAAGAUAACUGAGGAGCCCAACCGCAAGGGUGUUAUUAUUCCCUGCAAGUAUCUCGAGGAUGCUGAAGAGCUUCUGCCCAAGGCCUUGGAGACUCUGGGCUACGCCCAGAAGCAGGCCAAGUCAACCAACCGUGGCCUUGUCAGUGAACUCGCUCGCCAGCGAAACCCUUCUGUCGCUGGCAGCCUCAAGGUUCACACUGGAGAGCUCUCAGCUGUUGUCAACGUUGCAGUUAGAGAUGCCGAGGCUACCAAUGAUCAGGAGACCCUUGAUCGCCUCAACUCCCUGAUUGCUCCUUUCAAGGAAGAUUUGCUUGCUCGUGGUGUUCGUCGCUUGACUUUCAUCUGUGGAAACAGCGACGGAUCUUACCCUCGCUACUACACAUUCCGUGGUCCUGAGUACAAUGAGGACGACAGUAUUCGUCACAUGGAGCCUGCCUUGGCCUUCCAGCUGGAAUUGGCUCGCCUUGCCAAGUUCAACAUUAAGCCUGUAUUCACGGAAAACAAAAAUAUCCACGUUUACGAGGCCCUUGGCAAGACUGUCGACACCGACAAGCGAUACUUCACACGUGCCGUCAUUCGCCCUGGCCGUCUCCGAGACGAGAUCCCUACCGCUGAGUACCUGAUCUCCGAGGCCGACCGUGUCGUCAACGAUAUCUUCGAUGCUCUGGAGAUCACUGGCAACAACGGUUCCGAUCUGAACCACAUCUUCAUGAACUUCACGCCUGUCUUCCAGCUUCACCCUCGCGAUGUCGAGCAGAGUCUGCAGGGAUUCUUGGACCGCUUCGGAAUCCGUGCUUGGAGACUCCGUGUGGCUCAGGUCGAAAUCCGCAUUAUCUGCACUGACCCCCAGACCGGCACUCCUUACCCUCUCCGUGUUAUCAUUACCAACACCUCUGGUUUCAUUGUCGACGUCGACUUGUAUGCUGAGCGCAAGUCGGAGAAGGGUGAAUGGGUCUUCCAGAGCAUUGGCGGUACCAAGGACAAGGGCCCUAUGCACCUGAUGCCUGUUUCCACCCCGUACGCUACCAAGAACUGGCUGCAGCCUAAGCGAUACAAGGCCCAUCUUAUGGGAACCCAGUACGUUUACGAUUUCCCCGAGCUCUUCCGUCAAGCUAUCCAGAACUCUUGGGCCAAGGCCGUCGAGAAGCAGCCUUCCCUGGCCUCCCAGCAGCCCAAGACUGGCGAGUGCCUCGCCUUCACCGAGCUUGUCCUCGAUGACAAGGACAACUUGGAGGAGGUCAACCGUGAACCUGGAACCAACUCUUGCGGUAUGGUUGGUUGGAUUUUCCGUGCUCGCACCCCUGAGUACCCUGGCGGACGUCGCUUCAUUGUCGUCGCCAACGACAUUACCUACAAGAUUGGUUCUUUCGGUCCCAAGGAGGAUAACUUCUUCCACAAGUGCACUGAGCUGGCUCGCAAGCUUGGUAUUCCCCGCAUUUACCUCUCCGCCAACUCUGGCGCCCGCCUGGGCUUGGCUGAAGAGUUGAUGCCUCACUUCAAGGUUGCAUGGAACGAUGCCGGCAAGCCAGAUGCUGGGUUCCGUUACCUGUAUCUGGAUGAGGAGACCAAGACUCGGUUCGAGCAUUCCGUUAUUACCGAGGAGAUUUCCGAGAGGGGCGAGAAGCGAUUCAAGAUUGUCACUAUUAUCGGAAAGGAGGAUGGUUUGGGUGUCGAGUGUUUGCGAGGCUCUGGUCUGAUUGCCGGUGCCACCAGCCGAGCGUACAACGACAUCUUCACCGUCACCCUUGUCACUUGCCGUUCAGUUGGUACGUUGAAAUCCGCAGUGGUGACUGCGCUACAUCUUCCACUAGACGUUUGUAUGCUAACCAACAUUAAUAGGUAUUGGUGCCUACCUUGUUCGCCUCGGCCAGCGUGUCGUCCAGAUCGAGGGUCAACCCAUUAUCCUGACAGGUGCCCCUGCCCUGAACAACCUGCUUGGACGUGAAGUCUACACUUCCAACCUGCAGCUCGGUGGCACUCAGAUCAUGUACCGUAACGGUGUCUCUCACAUGACUGCCAACGAUGAUUUCGCUGGUGUCUCCAAGAUUGUUGAGUGGAUGUCAUUCGUACCUGACAAGCGCAAUAACCCCGUCGCGCUGAGCCCCGUCAUUGAUGAGUGGGAUCGUGAUGUCAUCUACACCCCUCCCCAGAAGCAGCCGUAUGAUGUUCGCUGGUUGAUCAGUGGUAAGACUGAGGAUGAUGGAAGCUUCCAGAGCGGUCUCUUCGACAAGGACUCCUUUGUCGAGGCUCUUGGUGGUUGGGCUCGUACCGUUGUGAUUGGUCGUGCUCGUCUUGGUGGUAUCCCCAUGGGCGUCAUUGCUGUCGAGACUCGCACGGUCGAGAACAUCACCCCUGCCGACCCUGCCAACCCCGACUCUAUCGAGCAGGUCGGCCAGGAGGCUGGUGGUGUCUGGUACCCCAACUCUGCCUUCAAGACUGCUCAGGCUAUCAAUGACUUCAAUAAUGGUGAGCAGCUGCCUUUGAUGAUCCUUGCCAACUGGCGUGGUUUCUCUGGUGGUCAGCGCGACAUGUACAACGAAGUUCUCAAGUACGGUUCGUUCAUUGUCGACGCCCUCGUCAAGUAUGAACAGCCCAUCUUCAUCUACAUUCCCCCCUUCGGUGAGCUGCGUGGUGGAUCAUGGGUCGUCGUCGAUCCCACCAUCUCUCCAGACACCAUGGAGAUGUAUGCUGAUGAAGAGGCCCGUGGUGGUGUCCUGGAGCCUGAUGGUAUCAUCGGUAUCAAGUACCGCAAGGACAAGCAGCUGGCAACCAUUGCCCGCCUGGAUGAGACCUACGCCAACCUCAAGAAACAGCUCGAGAACAAGAACCUCACCGCCGACCAGUCUGAGCAGAUUAAGAAGCAGAUGGCUGAGCGUGAGAAGCAGCUGUUGCCCAUCUACGCCCAGAUUGCUGCCCAGUACGCUGACCUCCACGACCGUGCUGGACGCAUGAAGGCCAAGGGUGUCAUCCGUGACCAGCUUCAGUGGAUCAACGCCCGCCGCUUCUUCUACUGGCGUCUGCGCCGAAGACUCAACGAGGAGUUCGUCCUCAGGAAGAUGUCCACUAGCGCCCUGGCUCCUGUCGCCAACCAGAGCACUGCUCAGAAGAGCCAGCAACGCGCCCAGAACCUGCACCUCCUGAAGAGCUGGUCUGGCAUCAAUGACUGGGAGAAGAACGACCAGGCUGUAUCCGAGUGGUACGAGUCUGAGAGGAAGAAGAUUGGAGAGAAGGUUGAGGCGCUCAAGAACGAGCACCUUGCCGAGGAAGUUGCCACCUUGGUUCGCGACAACAAGCGUGCCGGAUGGAAGGGUGUGCGAGAUGCUCUUAGAGUGA